ACCGUAGACACGUGUCAGUUAGGAGAAUCAGAUUCCUCCCUCUCUCAUGAGACUCUAAUCUCGAAGAUACUUGUCCUCGCCGCCGCAACAAAGAAGGUUUGAUUGUUGAAAUCUGAAAGGCGUUAACUUUGAUUCUCGUACUCGAAUCUCUCGAUUGAGCCAGCAAAUGGCGUCUUCGUUCUGGAACAUAGCAUAUCAACAAGCCAUGAGAAGCGGUGUGCUUGUCGCGAAAGUAUACUCCUUUCUCCAUGUGACCACGAACUAUCUCGCCUUCCCUGCUUAUGCUUUUGGUCCGAGCAUGAUCCCCACGCUUCAUCCUUCCGGGAAUGUCGUACUGACCGAACGAAUCUCCAAUAUGAGUCGUGGAGAUGUCGUUGUUUUCCGAUCUCCACAAGACCCUAAUAAGCUUCCCAUCAAGAGAGUGAUUGGACUUGAGGGUGAUUGUGUAAGCUUUGUCGUUGAUUCCGAUGAAUCAAGAAGAACCAUCGUGGUUCCUAAAGGGCAUGUGUGGGUGCAAGGUGACUAUACUCAGAACUCGAAAGACUCGAGAAUCUUUGGUCCUUUACCUUAUGGUCUUAUUCAAGGCAGAGUGCUUUGGAGGGUUUGGCCAUUUCAAGAUUUUGGACCGAUUGGACCGACCACAACUUAAGAAAUAUGGUUUGGCUCAGGAGUUAGCCUUGGUUGGUUCUUUUGGGAAGAUGACCGAGGAGGUUUGUUAGGUUCGAUCACUAUUCUAUAGUGAACUGGUUGUUAAGCCAAGUGAGUCUGAUUAUAGCUAUAUAGUUGAGAGACAGAGAGAAAUGCCAUAGGAGAUUCAUGAUAGAAUAGUGUUGGUGAGUUUGCUGGUGUUUGAUACCUUGUAUGUAAGUUUACCGGAUAUCAUGAUUCAUUUUUUAUUAGAUGCUGAUGAAUUAAUUGCCAAGA